CCAAACAGCUAAAUGAACUUGAUAUAUUUUCCAAAACAUGCCAACCACUACUACUAUAGACUAUUUAAAUUUCACUCUUAUGAUUAUUCUCAUUGCAUCACAUAGUUAAGCCAUGGCAAAAUCAAUUAGUUCCCUCCAAAUACUUUCAUGGCUUCUAAUUAUUUGUUCUUUUUUCACCAUAGUAGCUAGUAAAUCAAGUGAUAAAGAUGAAACUAAAUCAGUACAUGAUUUUUUUCCAAGUUAUGAUCCUCAGCCUCACAAAAACGGUCUCCUCAAUGUCAUCGAUUCGUGUUGGAGAUGGAAAGGCGAUUGGUCAUCCAAUCGGAAGGCUUUAGCGGAUUGUGCAAUAGGCUUUGGAAGUAGUACCAUAGGUGGUAAAUAUGGUGACAUUUAUAUUGUCAAUGACUCUUCUGAUGACCCUAUAAAUCCUAAACCAGGCACACUUAGGUAUGGUGCAAUUCAGUCCGAGCCACUUUGGAUAAUUUUCAAAAGGGACAUGGUACUUACACUUGAAAAUGAACUUAUGGUGAAUAGUUAUAAGACUAUAGAUGGCAGAGGAGCAAAAGUGGAAAUCUCUAAUGGUCCAUGUAUCACAUUGGACUAUGUAACAAAUGUUAUUAUUCAUGGGAUUAGUAUUCAUGAUUGUAAGCCUGGUAAAAAGGGUAUGGUUAGGAGUAGUCCUGAACAUGUUGGUGAAAGAUUAGGCUCUGAUGGUGAUGCUAUAAGUGUGUUUAAAUCGUCCAAUGUGUGGAUUGAUCAUUGCUAUCUUGCUCGUGCAACGGAUGGACUACUCGAUGUUAUUCAUGCUUCAACUGCAGUAACCAUUUCCAACAAUUACUUCACUGAGCAUGACAAAGUUAUGUUAUUGGGACACAACGAUGAAUAUACUGCGGACAGAAACAUGAAAGUCACUGUAGUUUACAACCAUUUUGGCCGCGAAUUAGUUCAGAGAAUGCCAAGGGUUAGGCAUGGGUAUGCUCAUGUGGCCAACAACUAUUAUGAUCAAUGGUUAAUGUAUGCCAUUGGUGGGAGUGCAGAUCCAACAAUAUUCAGUGAAGGAAAUUAUUUCAUUGCUCCUGACAAAGCUUACAAUAAAGAGGUCACCAAGAGGGAGACUGAAGAAAAAGGAUGGAAGAGUUGGAAAUGGAGAUCCUCGAAUGAUAUGUUUAUGAAUGGAGCUUAUUUUCUUCCAUCUGGAUAUGGAAGUAUUGCUCCAAAAUACACGAGAGGACAAUCGUUCAUUGUUGCUCAUGGAGCAUUUACUCCCUCUUUAACUUCCAAUGCUGGUCCUCUUCAAUGUGUUGUCAAUGAACCUUGCUAAAUGCUGAUACAAAAUUUCAUUCUUUCCUUUUCCUAUCAUCAGCAUGCCCUGUUAUCUUCGGCAGGAUUUUUUGAUGUCCUGACAUGUCUAAUUUAUACUUCGCGAAUACCAUAGUUAGCUUGAAAGAUUCAGGCUUUAGGAGUACAAGUUUCUUUGAGAUAUGAAGAAUGUUGUAUUCCUAAUGAUAGUUUAUACAGAGUUUUUUCUGUUAAGAAUGACAAUAUAUUUUUAAAGGGUGUAAUAUAACAUAAA